AUGGAGAACCGUAUGGAGAGCGUUGAGAAGAGUGUCUCUGAGAUGAUGACUGUUGUCGACGAGCUCCGACAGCUGAUGCUCCAACAGACGCGACGCCGGAGCAGGGGCAGAUCUAGAACGCCCCGUCGCCGUCACCGCUCGGGAAGUCAGCACUCGUCGAACUCCGGCGAUGACUCUCGUAGCUCCCGAUCUGUUUCGCUGCGACACGAGGAUGCUUCCCCGAGGAGGCAUAUUCGCACUGGAAGGAAGAUCGAUCUCCCUGUGUUCAAUGGGGAUGAUGCUUACGGGUGGAUUGUUCGGGUCGAGCGAUUCUUCCGACUCAACGAAGUUGACGAUACUGAGAAAGUGCGACUCCUGGUGGUAGCCAUGGAGGAACGUGCUCUGAACUGGUUCCAAUGGUGGGAAGAACAGACCCCGGAACGCACUUGGGAAGCGUUCAAGGAGGCUCUGGUUCGAAGGUUCCAACCCGGGUUAGUGCAGAACCCGUUUGGACCAUUAUUGAGCAUCAAACAAUCCGGAAGCGUGAUGGAGUACCGUGAACGAUUCGAGAUGGUCGCAGCACCGCUGCGUCACACUGACCGAGAUAUCAUCAAGGGAAUCUUCCUUAAUGGCCUCAAGGAAGAAAUCAGGGCCGAGCUGAAGUUGUACAGAUCUGGAAAACUGGAGGAGAUCAUGGACCGCGCGCUGUUAUUGGAAGAGAAAAAUCUGGCUAUGCGCAACAGCAAGGGAGGAGAUGAGGACAAGCGAGGAUGGAAGGAAAAAGGAGUAUCCUCGAGCAAAGCACAUCAGACUUGGAUAGAUGGAAACAAGUGGAAGAGCCAAAUUGCAGGAUCUACAACUGCAGAGAAAUCAAGUGCAGAUAAAAGCUCUACUGAAGCUAAAACAGGGGAGAAUAAGGGACAAGAGAAGAAGUGGACGGGGGGCCAGAGGUUGUCUCAAUUCGAGCUCCAGGAUCGUAGCAGGAAGGGCCUAUGUUUCAAGUGUGGAGAAAAAUGGAACAGGGAGCAUGUAUGCAAAAUGAAGCACUACCAAUUCGUGUUGAUGGAGACGGUAGAUGAAGAGGAAGAAGAAGAAGAUGGACAAUUCUUUGAAGCAGAAUCUGAACUUGCUGUAGAACACAAAACCUUACUCUUAUCCCUCAAGAGCAAGGAAGGCAUCACCACCAGUAGAUCCUUCAAGCUACGAGGUCAACUGGGUCAGAGGGAAAAAGCAAGGUCAAUCCUCAUACUCAUAGACUGUGGUGCCACAAGUAAUUUCAUAUCACAGGGACUGGUCAAAGAGAUGAUGUUACCCAUCACCGAGACUGUGACCUAUGAAGUGGAGAUUGGUAAUGGAGAUAAGAUUCAGAAUCAGGGGGUUUGCAAGGACCUACAAUUGCUAGUGCAAGGGUUGAGUUUGACCCAACAAUUCUAUGUCCUGGAAUUGGGUGGAACAGAUUUAGUAUUGGGCAUGGAAUGGUUAUCCAGUCUAGGGGAUAUAAAGGCAAAUUUCAGAGAAUUAACCUUGCAAUGGCAGGUUGAAGGACAGAAAAUGAUGCUAAGAGGGGACCCCUCUUUAAGCUGUACUCAAACUUCACUGAAGGCUUUAUGCAAAGCCUUGCAAAACAAGGGAGAAGGGUUCUAUGUGACAUGUGAAAAUCCACUAAUGGAUACAGAAGAUGAGCAGGGAAUCUCAGAUGACAUGGCUGCCAUUCUAGCAGAAUUCCCAGAGGUUUUUCAGGGGUCUCAAGGACUGCCACCAAGAAGGGAUUGUGACCAUGCUAUAACCUUAAAAGAAGGGGCUACCAUCCCUAAUAUCAGGCCUUACAGAUGCCCUUAUUAUCAAAAGAAUGAGAUAGAGAAAUUGGUAAAAGACAUGCUGAAUUCUGGAGUCAUCAGAACUAGCAAUAGUCCCUAUAGCAGCCCUGUAAUUUUGGUGAAGAAAAAGGAUGGGGGCUGGAGAUUCUAUGUAGAUUAUAGGGCUCUGAACAAAAUGACAAUCCCAAACAAAUUCCCAAUCCCUGUUAUUGAGGAGCUACUUGAUGAGUUGGGAACAGCUCAAGUAUUCUCCAAGCUGGACCUUAAGUCUGGAUAUCACCAAGUAAGGAUGCAAGACAAAGACAUUCCUAAAACUGCAUUCAGGACACACGAGGGCCAUUAUGAGUAUGUGGUCAUGCCCUUCGGGCUAACCAAUGCACCAUCCACCUUCCAAGCUUUAAUGAAUCAGGUGCUCAAGCCAUACUUAAGGAGGUUUGCCCUUGUCUUCUUCGAUGACAUUCUCAUCUAUAGCCAAGAUAAAUAA